GGAAGUGACACGUGCACGUGCAGUUUGUGAAUUUGGAAUGUGAGCGAACACCAGAAGUUAUUUAUUUGGUACCACCGUAACGUGUACUGCAAUAUCAAUCAUGCAUGUAACUGAUGAUUGCAAGAGUUUGAUUGCGGGUAUAGCAUGCAGGCUUCCAAAGUCCAGCAAUUUACAGGAAUUCUGGGAGAAUUUGAUAGAGAGUCGUGACAUGAUUGACAAAACACGAUUCCCCGAGGGAUUGGAUGGAGUGCCACCGCGAGCUGGCCUCAUUCCUGAUAUUGACAAAUUUGAUGCCGGGUACUUUGGAUUCACAGAUAUAGAGGCUGACAGUAUGAAUGUGAUGCUUCGACAUUUGUUAGAGGUUACAUAUGAGUGUGUGUUAGACUCGGGACUACAAGAAAAGACCCUCCAGGACAAUGUUACAGGGCUGUACCUGGCCUGUUUCCUCCCCGACACAGACCCCAUAGAAACUACAAAGUACAGCAAGUCAAAACUGUGUACAACAACACCUCUCCUAACAGGACAGAUGACCAGCUACUUUGGAUGGAAGGGACCAGCUGUGUCCGUGGAUACUGCAUGUAGUUCCAGCCUCUCGGCCCUGGAAAUGGCUGACACUGACCUCAAAACUGGUCGCUGUCAAUUUGCUGUCGUUGCAAGUGUGAAUGUGAUUAUCAACCCGGUGUACCUGCAACAGAUGGCCAUCUUAGGCAUGCUCAACCCGACGGGCGAGAGUAAAGUGUUUGACCGGGAUGCCGGGGGCUAUGUCCGGGCCGAGGGUGUGGCAGCCAUCAUUCUCACCAGGAAGGAGAACUUGUGUAGACACAUCUACUCGACCCUGGUGGAUGUCAUGACUAACUGUGACGGCUACACUCCAGAGGGCAUUUCUUACCCAAAUAACCUGACCCAGAAGAAGUUGUUGGAGGCCAUAUACAAGAGAGCAGGAGUGGACAGCGACCAGCUGGCCUACAUGGAACUUCACAGCACAGGAACAAAGGUUGGAGACAAGGUAGAAGUGGGAGCGGUGACUGAUGUGUUAUGUCCGGGACGGAGCACCUCUCUACCUAUCGGAUCUGUGAAGGGAAAUAUGGGUCACUCGGAGGCCACUGCAGGCUUAGCGAGUCUGAUGAAAUGUCUUCUAGUGGCUCGGUACAGGAAAAUCCCACCACAAUUAAACUAUGUCAACCCGAACCCCAGGAUCCCCGCAGUAAGCGAGGGCAAGGUGACCAUCAUCAACCAAGUAACCCCUCUCGAGGAUGGUUACAUUGGCUUGAACUCGUUUGGGUUCGGUGGUGCUAAUGGUCAUCUGAUCUUGAAGCCCUAUCGCAAGGACAGAAAAGAAAAUGACCAGAAGUUAUGCCUGCUGCCCUACAAAGCUCGGACACUGGAGGAAGUGGAGGCCAUUUGUAGAUUAUCGGAGUCAGAUUUAUCGUCAAGGAUAGACCUUCACGGCCUCCUGGCUGGUUCCAUUUUAUCACAUGAUAAGAAGCGACCAAUCAAAGGUUAUCUGAUUUCAAGCAGACACACGGAAGGACUGAUUUGCGGGAGGACAGUGGUAGAACAGGAUCAGCGUGAGACCAAGGUCGGGAAGAUUGGACUGUUCCUGCCAAACUUUGUGUGGGACCCAGUUGUGCUUGACAAGGAUGUCUUAGAUAUCCCAGGAUUUCUGACGUCGCUCCAGAAGUCACAACAGAGUUUAACAGAAAAGCUUGGAUGGUCGUUUUCUCUGGUAGACAAGAUCGGGUGCGAUGAGUUGCUGACCACAAUUACUGCUGAAAACGUGUGUGUGUCGAUCGCUGCUCAGAUUGGUAUAGUGGACUGUAUCAAGGAGUGUGGGGUUCCCAUUUCCUAUGUUGGUGCGAGUGGCCUGUCAGAGAUCACUGCAGGGUACGUGGAUGGAUGUCUGACGCGAGAACAGUGUUUACAUGUGGCACUGGUUCUUGGGAAAGCCCUGCAGGACUUCGGAAGUAAACAAGAACUGCCUGACAAGAUUUACAAAGUGCACCUACCCCUGGAAAUGGUUUACCUGCUGGGUCCUAAGAUCAAAGUACUGGCCAGUCCAUCCAUGGAGACCUCUAUCAUACUGGUCAGUGGUCAAUACUCCAACCAGAUUCUCAAGGACAUUCAUGAAAAAGGAGGUUUUUACAAGGAGUUACAACAGAAGAUACCCUUCCACAGCCACUACAUGAUGGACUGUUUCAACUCUCUCACACACACAUUGGAAGACAUCAUCAAAUACCCCAAACAGAGCUCAAGCCGGUUCCUCCAGAGGAAGCAUGAUUUCCUCCCUGGCCUGGAGUCGAGGUCUGUGGCUUUCAGUGCCAAGUACCUGAGCGAGAUGCUGACUCGACCAUGCGCUCCCUUUAAAGCUGCCCUGCCCGAUGAUAUGGUUAUGGUCAACAUAAACCUCAGCGGUCAGUCUGAGGAGGCCGAAGAGACAAUCAUCGAUGCUGAUCCGAGGCAGAAACUGACAAACAUCCCUCUGGAAUCUGACCCAGUCUCAGUUCUCAGAGCACUAGGAGAACUUUACCUUCAUGGCCAUGAUAUCAAGGUGGCGCACUUGUACAAGACUGAGUUCCCACUGGAUGUAUCGGCCCCGGCAGUCAGUCCGGUGAUCCGCUGGAACCAUGCCACUUCCUGGUAUGUCCCGGAAUGGCACGAGUUCUUCAACAAAGUGAAGGAUGUGGGUGUGCCUACCUACAUCAUUGACACCAAGGACACAGAGGAGAUGACCACACCCAUGGCCCUGUUACUGUACCACACAUGGAGGGCCAUCACACAGCGCCACAAGGCCCUGACCAAGGACAACAUAGUUGCUGUGGAGAUUCAGAGUUUGGCUGUACACAACGAAGAACUCUGGAAUGUAGAUCUAAUGUCGGGAGCGGCAAUCAAUAUUCAGGAACUGCAGAAAAACUUCACAAUCACAAACCAAGGGUUAGUGCUGUUGACCGGAAGUUUCAAGGUUCACACACAAAAGAUUGAGUUACCUAGAAUUCCUGGGUUUGACCUUGACAUCAAUCAGAAUGUUGAUGUCCGUGAGGAGGAGGAGGAGAUCCAGAAGACGGAGAUCCUGUGGGAGGACAGUUGGCUUGACUUCAUCAACACGGCACUGGAGUUCGCCGUACAGUCCCUGGUCGGACCACUCACCCGCGUCAUCAUCCACCCCGACGGCCACAGCAAGGAGGUGGAAAGCUGUGCCAACAUCCUAACUGUGGCCGAGAGGCUCACAGGUUUAUGUAAGGCUGGCAAUGGCCUUGUCCUCCAGACAUUGGUCACAAAGGCUCAACGUGAACUCCAGGCGAAUCACUCUCGCAAGGUCAAUAUAACCGAUGGUGAACAUACCGUAGUCAACAUGGCCAUGGCCUACGGUGUCCAGGGCAGUGGUCAAUCGUUUGACCAGGUGCUACUCUACCAGGGCACCAAUUCUCUCAAGGACACAAACGUCAUUGGGAUCGUCCUCAUCACAGAUGAGGAGAUGUUGUGUCGGGAGAUCCCUAUAGACAAGGAAAUGACUCUGGAUGAGCUGCAACAACUGACACCCUACAUCCUGGCCCACUACAUCACAACGAAUGUGGCCGAGGUCAAACAAGGGGACAAAGUGCUGGUCUCCCACCCUAUAGACACAGUAGCAGUCUACAUCAUGGCCAUUGUAGAAGAACUGGGUGGUGUCAUUUUUGUGUCCAGCUACGACGCUGAAAUCAGACAGAUGCUUGACCGGGUGUUCCCUUACGCUCGCAUCCUUCCCGGCUCAAAAAUUGUGUCUAAUGUGAAGUCGGUCACCCAGGGCGAGGGCUGUGACAUCUGUGUUAAGUUCACAAGUGGAGAACUGGAUGAGGUGCUGUCUCUGGUUUCCCACAGCGGGAAAAUGAUCCAGUGUUCCCCAAUGCUGGACACAGAGAGCCUCGAUCUGGGCUUCCUCUCACGCAAUGCCUCUGUAAAGCUGCCGACCAUGACAGAAGCCUUCAAAAUCCUGAUGGAGAAGAGUCUGGAGGACAUUGAUGAGAUGCUGUGUGACCUCAAGCAUGGCAAUGUUGUCAAGCUGACAGCAGAAGGAUUCCCUGAGGAUAAAGGUCUGCUGUACAGUCUCGAGGAGCAUGCCAGUUUUGUCAGCCCCGUGCCAUUCCCCAAACUGCUGACAGUACUGGAAGAACCGCGUAUUGGGUUGAUGGAGAGUUUUGAGGAAAUGGUGACGGCCGAUGUGAUGGCAAUGGAGAAACUUCACAACUUUGUCAUGUCAAAACCAAAGGAUUACUCUCUGGCCGAGAUGGGCCUCAACAGUUCCCGGGAUGGUCUGAAUGCUGCCAUGAAUCCAACACCUUCGUUGAACAGUGCUGAAUAUCCCUCAAAGACACCGGACAUCUGUAUUAUUUCCCUCACCAACAUCAGUUUUGAGUGUUCACCCCCUGGACACCCAACUCCACAUCCCGCCAAAUUUAGGCGCAAACCCACCGUUGACACCAAAAUGACCUCAACCCCUAUGAUCACCAUUACACAUUCUGAGGACAAGGUGGAUAACCUUCACGAGAGUUAUAUAGAACCGAACGCUCCCAUCCUAGCUCCCAUGUCAAAGAAGCUACAGGUCAAGGGUGCUAAGGGCCCAAACUUUCUGUCUCCACUCAGUCUGUCGGGGAUAUCAAACUUCCAACCCAAGAAGUUGAAGACUCGACAGGUGGACCUGCUGUUUGUAGGUCCCCCGCGCACCCCUCUGACUCCCGCAGUUCACAACAUCCUGACCCCAAACAGUCAGGAGUCGACCAUUGUACCGCUGAAUUCUAUCCAGUCCGGGGCAAAGGAAGUAGUAUUCAUGAUUCAUCCCAUUACAGGCAAACUAACCCUUUUGAAGAAAUUGGGUGAGAACUUGAUCAGCCCAGUGUAUGGAAUUCAGAGAACCAAUACAACACCCAGGGAUUCCAUCCACAGUGUUGCCAGCUACUACCUGAAUGCAAUCCAGAUGAUGGGUCCGAGAGAUGACCACUACAUCAUUGGAUACUCCUUUGGGGCCAUUGUUGCCAUAGAAAUGGCCAUACAGCUUCAGGCCUGUGGCAAGAAGGUAGCAGACUUGAUACUGCUGGAUGGAGCUCCCAAUCUGCUACAUAGUCAGAUGCAGGACAACGAACAGUUGAGGUCAAAGGGUAAAACAGAUGAUCAGAUAUCGACCAUGUUUGAGGUGGGCAGUCUUCUGAGCUACAUGUACAUGUUCAAGGCUAUGGAGAACCCGAGUCUGACCAAAAAAAUCCUGGCCAACCUGCCUUCCCAACAGGCACGUAUUGAUACCGCAGUGGACAUGACGUUUGGUAACGUCACUAUAGGAGCCAGUCCUAGGCACACAAAAUGGCUGACAGCCAAGCACAAGAUUUUGAAGAAAUUGAAAGAGCCAGUUGAAGAUCACGCAAAGUAUGGGAUGGCUGAAGCUGCCCAAGAAUUGGUGCGUCUGAAGAGGAUUGAAGCCGCCAGCGAUCACAUCAAGUCAAUAAAGAUGGUGUACAACUUCAGGGCUCACCAUAACAGACAGUUUAAUGGCAACAUCUAUCUGCUGAGGAUAAAGUCGGACCCUCAGUUUCUGACCCACCACCUCUCGCCCGACUACGACCUCCACGACUGGUGUACCGGUAAGGUCCAGAUCAAGUUCUACGAAGGCACACAUGAAAGCUUCCUCAGCGGAAUUAACGCCCCUAACGUGGCCAGGGACAUCACCGAGAUUCUCGCUAAAUUGUGAACGUCACAGAACCCCAGAACCGCGAAGGUGUCAUGAACAAAACAAUUCCUUUCAUGACAUUGAGAGUGUGUACGUACCUGAAUUUCUUUUGCAGGAAAUAAAAUGAGGCCAAGGCAAUAACAAAGAUGCGUGAAAGUAAUGGUUAACAUAUAAACCAGACUGUAACCUGAACAAUCAACAUUAAGUGGAUCUCAAUUGACUCUUAAAUAUGUGAUUUCAGACUUGAUCAACUCAUUCACCCCUUAAAUUUCAUAAUGAACUAUUCCAAAAUUUGAAUUGGAAGAGUGCAACA